AAAACCCGAUUUCCUCCAAUUCUUUGGGGAAUUUCAUCGAACAUUUGAUCUGCUUUCCAUUUAUUGCCAUUUAUUACCUUAUUUCUGAAGAACCCACAACCAGAUUUCAACAAAUUGGAGGUCUUGCCGGAGUUGAAUUUGACGAAAAAUCAAGACUCGUCGUCGGUUAAGAUGACGUCUCCGUCGUCUGAUUUCGAUUUGGGUUUCUCGGAGAGGGCAUUCUCCGCCGCCGGCGCCGCUUUUCUAUCUGCCAUAAUCGUAAAUCCUCUCGAUGUCGCGAAGACUAGGUUGCAAGCACAGGCUGCUGGCGUUCCGUAUCAGAAUCUCUACUCCACAUGUCGCUUUGAAGCGAACCCAAUGGUAUCAGAUACAAGAUGCUUUCCAUCAUGCUACCGUCCAUUACUUGGCGAACCAGCUUGCGCUUCAAAUUCUUCGUAUAAGGGCACUCUAGAUGUUUUCCACAAAGUCAUUCGCCAGGAAGGAUUUGCACGACUUUGGAGAGGGACAAACGCUAGUUUAGCAUUGGCAGUGCCCACGGUGGGUAUCUACAUGCCUUGCUACGACAUUUUUCGAAACUAUAUGGAAGAGUAUUCAUCGAGAAAUGCUCCGAGUAUGACACCUUAUGUCCCGCUCGUUGCAGGUUCUGUUUCCCGUUCGUUGGCUUGUAUUACUUGUUACCCUGUUGAACUUGCAAGAACUCGAAUGCAGGCAUUUAAAGAUGCCCAACAGGGUACGAAGCUUCCCGGAGUGUGGAAGACGCUAGCCGGGGUUGUCAAUGCGGACACGGGCACGAAGAAACUUCGUAGCUCAUUUAGUAGCUUUCGGUUUUUGUGGACGGGCCUUGGGGCACAACUAUCUCGUGAUGUUCCAUUUUCCGCGGUUUGUUGGGCGACCCUUGAACCGGUUAGGAGGCGACUACUAGGCAUGUUGGGAAAUGAAACUAGCCCUAUCGUUGUUCUUGGUGCAAACUUUACAGCCGGUUUUGUUGCGGGCUGCCUUGCGGGUGCCUCUACAUGUCCUUUAGAUGUUGCAAAGACUCGACGUCAAAUAGAGAAAGAUCGAGUCCGAGCACUGACAAUGACAACAAGACAAACACUAGUCGAGAUAUGGAGGGAUGGAGGAAUGAAGGGACUUUUCACAGGAGUUGGUCCUCGUGUGGGACGUGCAGGACCGUCAGUCGGGAUCGUAGUAUCGUUCUAUGAAGUCGUUAAGUACACUCUCCAAAACAGCCGACAUCGGCCUCGUGAGAAAAAAGAUGGUGUCGUUCCGUAAUCCGAGUGAAAACGAUCGAGUAUGAACACAAACUAGAACUAGACAUAAUUCACCACGAUCACGGUAUAAUUUUCACUUUGUACAAACUUUUAUUCCCGAUGGCUCCGAUUUUUCGACUAGAUUUUUUGUUUCGUACGAUUCUGUAACGGUGCGUUUUGUACGCAAACGUGACCAGAUAGAAUUGAACAGAUGAUAGUGAGGUAGAUAGGUAAAAUAACCAUGGAAGGUGUUAAAAGGUUUUAAACUGACAUGGAUAGUUUAGUAAUUAAUCAAUCUCGUCACAUUUUUCU